CGGCCAUGACGAAACAGGUUUUCGCGAAUUUCGAGUGAACCGUGGAAUUCGUGGCAGAUUUAACUUGGAUAUCAAACUAUUUACCAAACUGGGCGGAUCCUCUUGCGAGGAUGGAGGAGGAGUACGACUUCCAGUCCAACUUUGUCGGGAAGAGGCUGUCCACCGAGACUAGGCUCGACGUUUCCGCCAGCGAUGCGUCCAUUCCUGAAGCAGAAAUUAAUAAAACGGGUCCGAAGGAUUCGACCGUGGGCCUGGACAUGGUGUCCUCGUUGUCGGAGGUUCUCACGGGGAUGAUCUCGAAAGAGAAAAAUCGCUCCUCCGAGGAGUCGACCAGCGAACAAACUUCGGAAACGGUUGCCGAAGAAGAGGACGAAGGCAGCCACUGCUGGCUGCACUUCGAUCACGACGCGACCUUAGAUGUUACUUGCGAAAAUCUGUCGUACUACAAUUCUACGAAGGCGGAGAAGGACAGCGACAGCGAUCUAGACGACACCUUGAUCUUCGACGAUGUCGAGGAAGGCGAGACCACUUGCCAGGACGAGAACCAAAGCUGCUGCGAGAGUCCCUGCUACGAGAAAUUCGUCGACGAUGUCUGUGAGAGUUCCUGUUACGAGAAAUUCGUCGACGAUGUCUGCGAGCCGACCGGGGGAUCUCUUGCUCUCAAAGUCUCCUUACUGGAGAUCAAGGACAGUGAUCCAACGGACGAGAUUAAACAUCUUGUGGAUCUGGAAGAGAAUGCAGAAGCGAGCAGUCACGAUUCUGGUGUGGAAAAUGAAGAGGAAGACUGUUGCGCAUCCGAUACAGAGGACGUAUUGAAAGACUCUGAGGAGCAGAAGCAAGACAGCGAAAGAAUUUCCGAAGGCCAGACGAAUCGUAGCUCUUCUAGCGACACCGACGACGAUAUCAAGAAACUGAUAUCUUCGUUCUCGAAUGUAACCGUGUCCUCUUACGUAGAAUUCAUGGAGAGUAUCAGAGAUCCCGAGCUUGAAGCGAAGCUGCUCGAUUACCCGGCACUUCUGGAUCCAACGAGAGACGCCAGUGACCCAGAAAUUGAGUAUCUUCCUCCAAAAUCUGAAGAUCUUUCUACAGAAUCUGAAACUCUUCCACCAAUAUCUGAAAACCUUCCUCCAAAAUCCGAAGAUCUUCCUCCAAAAUCCGAAGCGCUUCCUCCAAAACCUGAAGUUCUUCUCCCAGAAAUAGAAAAUUGCGAUUUCAACGAGAGAGAAGUAGGAGGAGGAGACGUCUGUUCUACAGACGACUAUUUAGAGAAACUGGCACAGAUCACGGUGUCCAGUUGUCCGAAAACAGAGGAGGAUGUGCAGCAGACGCUGAAGAGAAUCGCCGAAGGUAAAGCGGUGAUCGAGAACAGGAAGAACGAGGCUCUGAAAGACCUGUCGAUCGAGUUCAACGAGGUUGAGAAGCUCGUCGCGGAGCAGAGAGCUUUCGAGGAGAAGAAUCCGUCUUCCGUUGAAGUGUCCAGCGAGUCCGACGAAAGUUUAAUCGAAGUGGACAGGACAGAGGACCUAGAGAUGCCUCUGACGAAGGACGAAGUGGCGGAGAACUUCAAGAUCAAGAAUAUACUGAAGGAUCUGGUCGAAGAGGAGCAGCAUCGGAACGAACUGCUCCAGGAGUGUCUCCAGAUCGUCUCCACGACGAAGAGCACCGAGACACUCGAGGAACAGGCUGAAGACGAAGCGGAGGUCAAGCCCGAAGUAAAUAUCGAAGAGGAGAAGAACGAAGUCGAGAGAAUUUUUGUGGAGAUUGCUCAAGAAAACGAAACUCGCGAUGGUUUAGAAGACGAUGCGAAGAAGGCUGGUGAUGGAAGGGAAGCAGAGAAGGUAGUUAGCAACAUUGUCGAGGACAUAAUCGCUGACACAGAGGACUCUCUUUUUUGGAGACUGUCCAAGGAACCGGAGAGAACGUACAUCAAAGGAAAGGUGUACGAUUUCGAUGAGAAGAAACAUGGCGCCAGGAUGACCGAGGCGUUUCUGUUGAAACACUGCAAACUGAACAAUCUUUAUCAGACCCCGUAUUUGAACGAUGUGCUGUAUCUGCAUUACAAAGGUUUCUCCUUCAUCGAGAAUCUGGAGAAGUACGUGGGCCUGAAAUGUUUGUGGCUGGAGAACAACGGGAUCCGGGAGAUCGCGAACCUGGAGAAUCAGAGCGAGCUGCGGUGCCUGUACCUUCAGAACAAUCUGAUUAACAAGAUCGAGAAUCUGGAGUACCAGACUCGGCUGGACACUCUGAACCUCUCUCACAACGCUAUACGGAGGAUCGAGAAUCUCGGUGAUCUGAGUCGGCCGCGAGUGUCUCGGUAUCCCCGGGGGGUGACCUUGACCUUGACGGCCGCUUCUUGUUUGCUUGCAGAUAGCCUGAAGUUCCUGAAUAGUCUGAACCUGUCGCACAACUACCUGCAACAGACUGCCGACAUCGAGCAUCUCCGCUUGCUCGAGAGGCUCUCCGUGCUGGAUAUUUCUCACAACAGGAUCGACACCGAAGACGUCGUUAACAUUUUAGGUGACAUGAAGGAGCUGAGGGUGGUGUCGCUGAUAGGCAAUCCAGUGCUGAAGACGAUAAGACUCUACCGAAAGACAAUGAUCCUGAAGUGCAAGAAUCUGAACUAUCUGGACGACAGACCGGUGUUCGAACGGGACCGUGCCUGCGCAGAAGCUUGGAUGCGCGGCGGUCCCGAGGAAGAGGAGGCAGAGAGGAGGCGUUGGAUCCAGGCGGAGCAGAAGAAAAUCAACGAUAGCGUGCAAGCCCUGAUAAACAAAAGGAACCUGUACAAACCGGUCGGGAGGUCCGAAAAGGAGGCGGAGGAUAAGAAGAAGACGAAGGAGGACGAAGAAGUAGCCAAGCUUGUGUGCACGAGCAACCAACUGCUCCACCUGGAGAAGAAGAACGAGUCGGCCGUCUCAUCCUCCUCCGGCUCGUCCGCGUCCUCGUCAUCGGACGAAGAGGUGGAGAACGAACAGGAGGACGAUCGGACGGGGCAAAAAGGAGCCGAGAAAACUGACGGAAGGAGGCCAAUGGCGGAGGAAGAAAGGAAAGCCACCGGCGCGAACCAAGAGCUUUUGUUGUCCUGGAAAACGCAGGAGAACUCGAACGAGCCUCGGACACCUGCGAAAUUGAUAGAAGAGAUAACAGAGAGCGGGGAAUACGUGGCAGGCGACGCGGAACGGAAGAGGCUGGCCAAGCAAAUUUUGGACGGCCGAAGAAGCCUGGACGAUCCGCCUGGCGGUCAUGCUCUGGGAAGAGAACUGGCCCAUUACGAGAAACUUGUCCUGGAGACGAGCAACGAGACCGAAAUUACGGCUGGGUCUUGCGCGAGCGAGCAGAAGAACGAUAGUAAAUUACAUACCCAAUCCGAGCACGAUCUCGGCGACAAGAAGCAAUUCGUCGCAGCGCACGAAACUUUUCGGACGACAGGAGAAGGGAAACUGUUAUCGAGCAGCAGCGUUUCCUGCGGCACGGAGGACCGCGCGGACAAUGAAGCACAGAGGGAAACCAGCGUUACCGCAGACAAUGCGAGCCCUUACAAAGAUAUUUCGGACGAUUACCGAAGAAAAGGCGAUCGACACCCAUUGACCAGUCGGCUGACCAGCAUACGGGAGGACAUGAAAGAGUUCUGCGCCGGCAUGGACAAGUUCAUCGAAGACAAUAAAAUCGUGUUCGAGAACGGCGAUGUCAAAGGAUUCUGGGGCGAGGAGGAGACUCGGCAGCAGGCUGCGAUCGACAGGAUCGAGGAUCGACAGGAAGAAGAGAAGCCAUCCACGGUCAAACGGGACGAUGAGUUCAGAUGGUGGAGCACGAAGGAGAGGAAGCUGAAGAUUACGGAGAUUAUGAGAAAAAGGGAAGAAGCGAGGGGAGCCAGGGAAAAGGAGCAACAGGAGCUAUCGAGCGUCCGAAAAAUUGACAUCGUUAAUAACCCGCCAGAAAAAGAUCCAAAAGACCCGGUGAAACAGGAGGCUGAGGUGAAGAAGGAGGGAGUCUACGAUCUGCUGAACCUAAAGGAGUGUCCCAAGAUUCUCUUGCAGAACGUUAAAACUUAUCCCGACGAUGAAUGCGAGGAUGUGUCAGCAGAGCCGAGCGUGUCGGAGAGCAAAGACCUCGAUUCGUUGUUCAGCGAGUUGGAAUUGAAAAAUCAGAGAAUUGUUAAACGCGGCUUGAAGUCGCGCAGCUUCCACGAGCUCUUGACCAUAGAGGAAACUGAAGAAGCUAUCGAGGAAACGGCUAAGGAGAGCGGUCUGAUCAGACGAGUCUCUUCCACCGCGAUCCCUUCAGACUUCACCAAGUUGGAUAACUAUCGGGGAUUGAUGAAAAAGGAGCCCGUGAAAAUUGAGAUCACGGAUGCGACGUCCGGAGAUCCCAGAUCGACGAACGAGGAUGACGAAUCGGACAACGAGUCGGUGAAGACUGUGAUCGAUCUUUUCGACGGGACCACGAAUUCCGAUCCGAAACAGGAAAUCGUAAACGAACCGGUGAAAGCAUCGGAGAAAAAUGCGUCCGAGAGAUUCUCCGAGGACUCGGAAGCAGCAGAGGAGCAAAAUUGUAUCAAAGAAAACUCGGAUGUAUCGGUGAAUUGCUCGAGUAGCAGCCAGGCGUCGAAAACUAGGAAAAGGAUGCACGAUUGCGAAUGUCUGAACAUGACCAGCAAGAAGUCGCACUUGAUCGAGAAGGCCGGGUCUGAAAGGAUUUCUGGGAGCCGGAAAAGCGGUGGCGAAGUUGCCGAGAGGUGCAAGAGACACGCGAUGAAGGAGGCCAAGAAAUUCUUGCAGAAGGAGUCGCCUUUGAUCGAGAAGUGCAUAGAGAGUUUGAUCAACGACAGGAAGAAAUGCAGCUGGACGUUCAGGAAUUGCGAGGAUUUCUUCGCUUGCACCGCCGAGAAUUUGUCUUCGUCGAGGUCUUCCUGUUCGAGAGAUUCGAAGGAGUCCGCGAUGAAGGAUCGACCCCGAGAAGCGAUCGCAAACGCAUGUGAUAUCCGAUCGAUGGCCCAGCUGAUAGAUCAAUCGGAAGGCACGAGGACGCUCGACGAAUCCCUGAAAAGUGGGGCGGACUUCUAUCGAGAGUUCUGCGAGCACUUGGAUCGGCAGAACGAAAAGAGGAAGCUGCUGAUCGAGCCUGAUUUCAUGAAGAGUCCCGCGAUAGAUCACGAUGAAAAGAAAGGCGACGUUCUAUCGUCAAGGGAGACCGAACAAGCGAGCAUGACACAAACAAAGCCAUUGAUCGUGGUGCUCUCGGAGACCUCGGCGAACGAGGACCAGAUCGAAGAAUCUCAAGAUCAAGUUGAAGACUCCGAAAAGAUGGAUCCUGCGUUGAGGGAAAGAAUACUGAAAAACAUAAGCACGCCCAAGAGCGCGGAGGAGACCGAAUUGAGGAAGAAGGCAGCAGAGAAGCUGAUGAAGGUUUCUAGGCAAGCUAUGGCUGCUGGGAAGUCGUUUAUGAAGGAGCCAUCCAAAACCGACAGGCAAGUCGAGGGGAGCAGGCAGUUCUUCAAAGAGCUGCUGAAAGAGGACGCUGAUCGGGAGACGAAGGAAGCAGGCUCUGAAAAUGAAAGGAGCGUGGAAGAUGAGAGAAAAGAAGCUUCGCAGAAUGAUGGGAAGAAAGCAACGGUCUUGAUCGAAGAGAUUAAUGAACAGAACGGAGUCACAGGUAAAGAGAGUAACGGGAAAAUGAGAAAAAGUCUGGAAAUGCAGAUCAUUCAGGAAAAGUGAACUCUCGCUCAGUUCGUUGAGUUAAACGAACGAGGUCUUACCGAUCCCAGCGAGUCGGUCUAAUGAUUCAUGUGGACGAACGUAGGUUGUGUAAGGUAAAAACUCAUCGAGCUCUGUAUUACUUCUUGUUGUAUUGAAAUAAAGAAUAUAUAAUGCGUUGUUCUCUCGUCUUUCGAACGAAGCUACAAGCGAAACGAAA